GGUGGUCAUGCCCCCGCCAGCCGCUCCGCCGAGGAGCAGGCCUUCAGCUUCAGGGAGCGGCACGGCCACCCGACCAUAAUGGCGUCGCCUGACUUGGAUCCUGACUCGCCGUUCGACGCGUCUGCACUCCGCGUGGCGGCACACCCGCUCUCCAUUAGCCUUCCGGCCUCGCCGUCCAGGUUCGACGUCGUCCGGACGGAGGCAGAAUUCCCGCCGCGGCACGCCGCCGCCAAUGUCAUCGCCCCGGACGAGUCGUCGCGCAUGCGGUCGCUCCCGCCGCGGCCGCCGCCGAUGGUUUCCGUCGCGUUCGAGCGUGUGGAGAAGGUGAUGUUCCGGUCCCAGCCCAUCCCCGCCGCGGCCUCCGAGCUGCCGAACGCCGGGAACUCUGGGCAGUUCCUGGCGGUGGGCGACGACUCAAUGAGCCGCGGGAGCGGGGCGCGCAUGGGAAUGGGAGGGAUGAGCAAGACGCGGCGGGAGAGGGACACGAGCUACGACUCGUUCAAGACGUGGUCCGGGAAGCUGGAGAAGCAGCUGACCACGCACCUUCGCGGCGUCAGGCCGCCGCCGCAGCAGCAGCAGGAGGGGGAGCCCCAGGAAGAAGAAGACGAUGCGGCGGCGACGAGCGGGCGUCCGUACUCGUCCAUGACCACGCCCAGAGUCCAGCGCUUCUUCGCGGCGCUGGAAGGCCCCGAACUCGACAAGCUACGGUCGUCGGAGGAGCUGGUGCUGCCGUCGGACAAGACGUGGCCGUUCCUGCUGCGGUUCCCGGUGUCGGCGUUCGGUAUGUGCCUGGGCAUGAGCAGCCAGGCCAUCCUGUGGAAGAACAUCGCGAUCGCGGCGUCGACACGGUUCCUGCACAUCACGCUCCGGACGAACCUGGUGCUGUGGUGCGUCUCGGUGGCGCUCAUGUGCGUGGUGUCGGCGCUGUACGCCUGCAAGGUGGUGUUCUACUUCGAGGCGGUGCGGCGGGAGUACUACCACCCGAUCCGCGUCAACUUCUUCUUCGCGCCGUGGAUCGCGUGCCUGUUCCUGGCCAUCGGCGUGCCGGAGCUGGUGAUGGCGGAGAGCCUCCCAGGGUGGCUGUGGUACGUGCUGAUGGCGCCCAUCGUGUGCCUGGAGCUCAAGAUCUACGGGCAGUGGAUCUCCGGCGGGCAGAGGCGGCUGUCGCGGGUGGCGAACCCGUCGAACCAUUUGUCCAUCGUCGGCAACUUCGUUGGCGCGCUGCUGGGCGCCAUCAUGGGGCUGAGGGAGGGCCCCAUCUUCUUCUUCGCCGUCGGGCUGGCGCACUACAUCGUGCUGUUCGUGACGCUGUACCAGAGGUUGCCGACGAGCGAGACGCUGCCGAGGGACCUCCACCCGGUCUUCUUCCUCUUCGUGGCCGCGCCCAGCGUUGCAUGCGUCGCCUGGGCGCGGAUCACCGGCGAGUUCGGCUACGGCUCCCGCAUCGCCUACUUCAUCGCCAUGUUCCUCUACGCCUCCCUGGCGGUACGGAUCAACAUGUUCAGGGGCUUCAGGUUCUCGCUGGCGUGGUGGGCGUACACGUUCCCGAUGACGAGCGCGGCGAUCGCGGCGAUACGCUACUCGUCGGAGGUGAAGAACGCGUUCACGCAGGCUAUGUGCAUCGCGCUCACCGUGGUGGCCACGCUCACCGUGACGGCGCUCUUCCUCACCACGCUGCUGCACGCCGCCGUCCACCACGACCUCUUCCCGAACGACAUCUCCAUCGCCAUCACGGAGCGCAGGCCCAAGCACACCAUCGCCGAGCUGAACGAACUGCACAGCAACAAGGUCGGCGGCGCCGACGCCGCAUGCAGAGACCUCGAGGCCGCCGCGAUGACGGCAUCCUAG